CUUCCAAUUACUUCGUCCCGCAAAUUGAUUAUCGAGUGUUACACAUAAAAUUGAAAUUGCAAUGCUGACGACACCACAAAAUACAAUAUUCGAACAGUCAUACAUCAAAAGUGAGCAAAACACAUCAAAACAAGCCUUCCAGCUAAAAAAUCAUAACACACAACCGAUUGAUAGCAAAACAAAUAAAGGAUGACGUGAUUGUUUUCACCAAAUUGCUAUUUGAUACCUCCAGUAAUGUGUAAUAUAGAAAAUCGGCGAUUAGUGUGCUUCCGAAUACCGUACUAGCGUACAUGUGUUUUUAUCAAUUCCCAUUGAUACAAAUUUCAGCGUUAAAAAUCGAAAAACGUAAACCGAUCAAUGGAAGUUGAAGGAAGAACAAACGAUGACGCACUUUUUCCAUUUAAUAAAAGGAUGGAAACGUCCCGAUUCUAUUAGUGCCGAUCGAGAAGUGUAAAGAAAAUGACUUCCAACAACAGUUCCGAAACUUUCGUAUACCCCGGAAGUGCGCUAUGGAUAUCAGUGUACUCGUUAAUUUUCUCUGUGAUUAUUUCGGGAAACUUAUUGACGAUUUUCGCAAUCGCGCUCAACCGAAGACUAUCCUCCGUGACCGCCAACAAGUUCAUUUACAGUUUGGCCAUAACCGACCUCCUCGUAGGACUCUACAUUCCAUACCACGUGUGUUUCUACAUUUACAAGGAAACUUUAGACGGGCAACUACCCUGUCUUAUAAUGUCCAUUGUGCCGUUGUUUGCGUGCUCUCAUUCCAUUUGCAAAUUACUGACAAUAGCCGCUGAUCGCUACAUCGCCAUACUUUACCCCCUUCACUACAACAAAUAUAUGAGCAACAGGAUGGUGUGGACACUCAUUUUAAGCGGGCGGGUUUUUAGUAGUGCUAUAUCCACAGUCCCGAUUUUUUGGAACAACUGGGAAACAGAAUUGAAAUGUGACAUCUUUAAGUUUCUACCCCAGGUUUAUUUCAAUUAUAUACUGACACCCCUCUUUGGAAUCAUCUGGAUUACGAUGUUGUUGGUGUACGUGAAAAUUUGGAAAGAAGCGCGUCAGCACGCAAGGCGAAUACGCAGAGUUGCGAGAGUGCCAAAAGACAUCAACGAUUCCAAAUCAUUCCAGGUGGUGAUGCUCACUCUCGGCUGCUUUUCCAUCUGCUGGAUGCCGUACUUCAUCGUGACCACUUAUUUCCGGAUAAGCGGCAGCAGCAGUCAGUUCAGCCUUUUGUACGAAAUCGCGUUCACGCUGGCCGUUUGCAAUUCAGGAAUGAACCCUGUGAUAUACGCUUGGAAGAAUUCCAACUUCCGUGAGGCUUUUUGGUGUUUGCUGACUUGCCACUCGCCGAACAAUUCCACCAAAAAGACAAACUACAUCACCAAUCAUGUUCCCAGCAGCAAGAAAAGCUCGAUAGGCGGACACGACAACGUUGUCGCUCAAACCGAAAUUGAGAUCGAAUCGCCCACACCCAAAGACUAUGACGAGCACGAGUGCAGUGUCUCGACCGAAAUGACCACAGUGAACACUUCCACUUGGAGUUGACUUUAGUUUUAAUUCUCCGACGGAAAUAUUGUGAUAUGUUUAUAGUUUUAAUGUGAACAAUAAAACGGUUUUUUUAAA